GCCGCCUGACCCGCAAAUAACCUCAUGACUUUGCAAAAAUUAGAAUACUCAAUAUACAUGAUCACUUCUCCCGCAUACUUCUAUGGCUAGCGUAUCUUCGCCUCGCGAUUCCCUCCAGCGGUUCGUUGAUGCAAGAAGUCUAGAACAGCCUUUGAGCAAAAACCCCUAUUUUCUGACAAAUCCUUCACUCACUUCCCACCCGUGGACCGUCCAUGGCUCACCCCAGACCAUACAACCGCGUUGCUCUCCGUCAACAAACCCUUCGUACAAACUCUUCGCUAGAUCGAGUUGAAGGGCGUGAGCAUCGUAUUGUUUAUAAAGGCGGAUCAGAUUAUCCCGCAUCACAGGGCAUGGGAAUAUGUCUAUCCAGUACUCGUGAGGCGUAGAUUUCUGUAAAGUAGUGGGUAAAAGCUCUGGUGGGACGCAACUAGGCGGAUCUAUGGCUAAGCUUGGAAGGUUUGCUAGAUUUCCACAAUACAAUCAGGUCAUGAGACAGGG